CGCGGCCGCCCCGACUGACAGCGGCAUGUGCAGGGCGGCUAUAAACGGCGCUGGGCGACGGCGGCCAAGAGGCUGCGGCAGCGGAGCCCGGAGCGCGCCAUGGGCUCCUCCCGCCGGGCCCUCGCUGGCCUCUACGGACGGGGAACGGGCGACGUGGAGGGGGCAGAGGAGGCCGAGAGCGUGGCCUGGGCCUCCCGGCCGGACCGGCGCAGCUACCUGCUGGGCAUACGGCCCCAGAACAGGAGCACCUUCUGUGCCAUCAUCUCCCAGCUGACCGAGGAGACCCAGCCCCUCUUUGAGACCACCAUCCAGUCGCGCGCGGUGUCCGAAGACGCUGAUGCCAAGUUCACCUGCAUAGUGACAGGGUACCCACAGCCGGAGGUGACGUGGUACAAGGACGAUGAGGAGAUGGAUCGCUACUGCGGCCUGCCCAAGUACCAGAUCUUCCGCCACGGCAACCGCCACACUCUGCAGCUCUACAAGUGCCAAGAAGAAGAUGCAGGCAUUUAUCAGGCCUCAGCAAGAAACACCAAAGGCAUAGUGUCCUGCUCUGGUGUGCUGGAGGUGGGCACCAUGACAGAGUUCAGAAUCCACCAGAGAUGGUUUGACAAAAUCAAGAGGAAGGCAGAAGAAAAGCUGCGAGAGAUAGAAGAGGGCAAGAAGCGAGGGAAAGAGAAUGUGGAGGUGGAGAGGCUGCAGGGGAUGAGCCCCGAUCGGCUGCAGAGGAAGCGGAGGCUGGACCGGGACCUGAGCACCCGGUUGGGAGCCUCUGCCUGGGAGAAGGAGGAGGCAGCGAAGGUGCACGUGGCUGAUUCCGAGUCCAGGCUGCAGGAGGACAUGGCUGAGCUGAAGGAGCAGCCAGGCCGCCUGAGGACAGGCUUUGCGAGCAAGCUGGUGGCACCUCUGGAGGCAGAGGUGACUGCCAACGGAGACGCCUCUCUGGAGAGCGUGGAGGAGAGCGGGCACAGCUUCCUCAAGUACAUGUACGAGACGGUGGAGGGCUUGGCCGCCCAGCCUGCAGCCAAGGACUCUGCAGCUAAGAAGAAGAAGAAGGUGGAGGCUGCUCCAGCAGCGCAGCAGGAAGCUUCAGUGCAAGAAGACAGCGGGAGGGAGAGGGCUCCCCCCGUGCCCAACCCCAGGUUUGCCCCUCCAGGCGCCUCCCGCAGAAGUGCCAGGCUGAGGGCAGGCAGCGACCCAGAAGUGGAGAGCGGCACAAAGGUCAAGGAGCCCGGGCAGGCGGCAGGGCAGGGCAGUGCGGGCAAGGGUGCCCUGCGCUUCUCCUUGAGGGAGAUGUUCCUUGAUAAGCAAGGGCAGGCGGCGGCAGGGCAGCAGCAGGAGGAGGCAGCCAGGGAAGAGACUGCGACCGAGCCUGUCCUGCAGCCUGUGGCAGCCAGCGGGCAGCCAGAGGACGUGGCACCAACCUCAGACGUGGUGCAGGCAGCACCUGUGCCACCCCGGGGACACAGAGGCCAGCGCCGCGGGCACGAGCCAGAGGCAAACAGAGCCAACAGUGCAGAGGUUUCAGCAUCAGGGGGACAGUCUGCUGGUGACCUGCAACAUGUAGUGUCUGUGCCAGCUGCAGAGACCAAGCAGCAGGCUAACAGGUCAGAGGAGCCCAGGAAAGAGCUGCCUGUCUGCCAGAACACCACAGGGGCUGCCAGAAGGACAAAUCCUCGGCUGAGACCCCGGGAGCCACCAAAGCCACCGGCACCUUCUGCAAACCAUGUGCAGUCCAGCAAGCAGCAUCCUCCCUCUAGGAAGCAGACAGAAGGACAUUCCCAUGCUCUUAAGGGCAGAGAGACAAAACAAGGACUGCUAAAUCAAAAAGACAAAAGCCAAGGUGAGGAAGAGCCAUUGCCAAAGAAACUGAGUCCUCCAGGACCUGGAGAAAAGACUCCUCUGGAGCAAAUCAGACAUCAGACAGCAGUCAAGAAUGGGGAGAGCAAAGAGGCAGGAGCAGAGCUGGCUAGGAGCCAUGGCGGCGCAGGGGCAGGGGGAAGCAGUGCAGCAGAGCCCUCUCCUGGGGCUGUGAACAGGGAAGCAGGAGGGACACCUCUGGGACAUCAGGAGACCCAAAGGUCAGCUCCUGCCUCAGUUCAGCUUGCCGAAGAAGAAUCAGCUCCUGCCCCUGCAGCGGGGAUGACUGCGGCUCAGGGGGCAUCGCCUGCAGCCCCGGGCAUGGAGGCCUCAGCAGGAGAGCACCCAGCUGCAGCCCAGAGCCUGCCUCCUGCCUCCAGAGAAGCAGCCAUCAAAAAAGCAGAUGGGGCAGCCCCACAUGAGAAGCUUUAUGGAUCAGCCCCACAGGAGGAGUUUUGUGGAUCAGCCCCACAGAAGGAGUUCUCAGCCAGCAUGCAGUGGGAAGAGAGUGCCAAAGCAGCGCUUGCAGGACCUCUGAAGGAGGAAGGAGAGGAGCAAACAGAUACGGCCCCACACCAGGAAUCAGCAGCACCUUCAGACACUUCGGAGGGGGGUGCUGAGGUUCAGCCACAAGUGCCACUGGUCCUGCCUAGCCCCAAGACACCUGAGGAGGUGUCCUUGGAGGAGGAGAUGCAGCACAAGAACCUCGUUUCCUCCUUGAAGAACUAUCUGCUGCUGCUUUUGAAGAUGUCGGAUGGCAGCAGGGAUGCCACGCAAGAGGAGCCUGAGGGUGGUGCCCAGGAGCAGCCCAGCGCAGAGGCAUCCCUGCUGCCGGAGAUGGGCAUCGCGGGGCUAAGCCCGCGCACGUCGCGGCGGGUGCUGGCCAAGGCACAGGAUGAGCAGCUCUUCCGCUCGGCCGAGCGCCUGCAGCUCACACCGCGCACCUCCCGCCGCAUCACCGGCAUCAUCGACCGGGAGCUGCGCACCAACACCGAGCUGCUGGCCGCCAGGCCUGUGCCGCCGAAGAGACGGCCCCGGGUGGCCGCCGAGGCAGAGGGGCCGCCCCAGCUGCCUGUGCCCUCCAUAGUGGUGGGAGGCGUGCCAGCAGAGGGAGCCGGGCAGCCUGCCCACGGCACCUGCCCUCUGCCCACGGGGAGCUCUAAGGAGGGUCCCACUGGCUCUGUGGCACCGCUACCCUGUGCCACGCCAGAAGAGCUGGCAUCUGGCGCCCGGCGCAAGAUCUUCCUGCCCAAAGCCGUGCUGGGUGGGCAGGAGGGACAGGCAGCCCCCCAGGGCCCCAGCCUUGAGGGGAGUCCAGCUGCUUCCCCAGGGUACCCUGGAAAGGGCACGGUGCCGGCUGUGUCCCUGCCCGCAGAGCGGUGCCUGGCAGCCCCCACCAGGAAGAUGGACAUGCUGGAGGUGCCCAAGCUGUACGAGGAACCCGCAGCUGACAGCAGUGGUGACCAGCAGGUCCCCGAGGACGCCAAGCCAGAGGCAAAGCCGACAGAGCCCAAGCAGGCCAAUUAUCCAUUGAAAGCUCCACAGGUCAUUCGUAAGAUAAGGGCAGAGCAGUUUUCCGACGCCUCGGGAAACCUGAAACUGUGGUGCCAGUUCUUCAACAUCCUGAGUGAUUCCAAGCUGCUGUGGUACAAGGACGAGAGCCCUGUAGCAGAAGUCCACAGGAGUGCUGGAGAUGAGAGCCAGGUGGCCUUGGCCGUGGUGCAGCAUCGCCCGGGGGACUGCGGUGCCUUCCGCUGCGUGAUCAGCAACGAGCAUGGCACCGCUGCCACCCACUUCCUGCUCACCCCAGAAGUGCUGUCGGGACUGGUGCCACGGGAGGAGAUGGAAGCAGUUGGAGAGGAGAUCGAGCUGACGCCCAUGGUGUUCGCCAAGGGGCUGGCUGAGGCGGGCUGCUGGGGGGACAAGCUGUUCGGGCGUGUGGAGAGCCAGGACUGCGCGCUGCGUGCCGGGCCACUGCGGAAGGGCUGCCGCGCCAGGGCCAUCUAUGGCCUGGAGCCGCUCUUCGAGUCCGGCCGCACCUGCGUCAUCAAGGUGCACAACUUCAUCGCCUUCGGGACCAAGAACGACAACAGCCUCGUGGAGAAGAACUACGACAUCACCAUCCAGGAAUGCAAAGUGCAGAACUCCAGCCGUGAGUACUGCAAGAUCUUCGCUGCUGAGGCUCGAGCUGCCCCCGGCUUUGGAGCGGUGCCUGAGAUCCUUCCCUUGUACCUUAUCUACCGUCCAGCCAAUAACAUCCCCUAUGCCACCAUGGAGGAGGACUUGGGCAUGCCCUGCCAGCAGUACUGUGCCACCGAGAAAGAUGGUAGCUUGGUGGCACGAGGCACCUCUGAGAUCGUGCUCAAAUGCUGCACCUUUCAGCACUGGGUCUACCAGUGGACAAAUGGAAACAUCCUUGUGACUGACAUGGAAGGAGUGGGCUGGAAGGUGACCAACGUGCGGAUCGCCACUAACCUGAAAGGGUACCAGGGGCUGAAGGAAAGCUGCUUCCCCUCGCUGCUGGAGCAGUUCGUGACCGCUCACCGCUGUAACCACUACUGCAGCAUCCUGGGCCUGAAGAUGCUGGAGCCAGCCAAGCCCAAGGGCUCCCGGAGCCCCUCCAUGAGCAGGAAGUCUGCCCAGUCAAGCCCCCAGCUCCAGAAGAAGGGACCGGCAAGCCCCCAUGCCAUGCGCAAGGCUGCAGUGAGCCCCAAGGCCACUCGGAAAGCCGCGGAAACCAGGGAGGCUGCAGCAGGCUCCAAACUGGGGACUGGAGAGCGGGGCAGGGCUGGCGCCCCACAGUAGCCAGAGCAGCUGCAGCUGGGACCCCCCACUCUGACCCCAGCCUGAGCAGCCUGGAGGCAGUCUGCAGCUUGGCUGGGCAGGGGCACCCCAGCAGUGGCUGCUGCUGCUGCUCCUCUCCUGGCCUGCAGUGUGCCCAGUGUGUGGUGUGUGCGAGUGUCAGUGCCUCAGCCAGGGCCAUGGCAGCUGCCAGCUGUGGGCAGCUUGGGCCCCUGCCCACUGCCUGACAGGGCCACACGGACUGCCAGCUGUGGGCAGUGUGGGGACCUUCCCACUGCCCAUCAGUGCUGCAGCAGUGGUGCCCAUGGGGCUGUGUCCCUGCACACUCAGGUUCAGGUCCUUCUCCCAGCUCUCUCUGUUUGCCUGCCUUAAGGCAGUGCCAGCAACCUGCUUCCUUGGCUCUGCAGGUGCUGUGUCCCCCUGCCUGGCUGCCCUCCAGCAAACUGGGAUAAUGCAGUGCCCUCCUGACUCCCAGUACCUCCUGUCCCUCUUUGUGUCCUACCGUAAAGUGACUGUGCCAAGCCCUGCUCGUGUUCCAUGCCACAGCUGGGAGUCCCAGUGGUGCCCAAGUGGCCUCUUUGGCCUGGCACACCCUGAGCUACAUGCUGCAAAAGAGCCUCAUGGUGAGCUGCAGGGCUGCUGCUGUUGUGUGAGGCUCUGGCCUGUACCAGGGCACUGGCAUUGGCACCGGCAGCUGAACAAAGGUGGGGGUUUGCCCCCUGCCCUCCCACUCUCCCCUGCCACCCAAGAUAAGCCUCCCAGCCCUGUUCUGGGUGGAUGUCGAGGGUUGUGGGUGCCAGCUAGCCUCACAGGAAGGAUGCUCUACCUCAUAUGGAGCACCCAGGAGCAGGCAAAAGCAUGACAUCUCCUCCAUGCCAGGCAUUCCUGUGGCACAUGUGGGUGUCCAGCCCACAGGACUUCACUCUCCUUGCCCACUUGCCACAUGCAGAACCUGUAGGCACUGCCCAGCCCCACAACGUGACCUGGUCAUGCUUGCUUAGCAUCGCCCCUGCUUGGUACAUUGCCUAGCCCAGUGGCAGCUGGCAGUUAGGCAGUGAUGGGCAGGCAGUGGUGCUCACAUGGCUAAGGAAAGCCACCUGCGUUGCAUCAAAGCCUCUCAGGUGCCAAUCAACUCAGCUGCUCAGCAGCCAGUGGAGCAGGGCAGUGGGCAGUGAGGCUUGCAAAGAAAGAUUUGGAGGAGGGUGCUGGGCACCAGUAGUGCCACCCUGCAUGGUGGUGACAGAAGGCUCAUUGUGACAAGGCUGUACAGAAGGUGGCUGCUGGAGUGCAAUAAAGCAAGGCCUGGCCUGCUGCCCGGAG